AUGACUGAAAAGUCUCCUCUACUAGGUGGCCAAGCACCUCUAUAUCCAACCAUAACACAUCCUACUGAUCCAAAUACAGAUGCAGUACCACCACCAUAUCCUUCAGGGCCAGCGCCAUCAACGGAAAAUGCACUCCCGCCUGCGAAUCAAUAUCCGAAAAUUGAAACUCAGAGUGGUUGGGCUGGAUGGCAAGACCGUGGCUUUGCUAUUGCAUUUUGGAUUCAUUUUCUCGUCGUAAUUAUUCUAGGAUUUGCAUUAGGUAUACCAGCACUUCGUGCCGAUUCACUUAGACCAUUCGACGAUCCAACAAGAAGUACAUUUGACUACAAUGCUGACUUGUUUAUUCGUGUUUUUGUUGGUGCUGCAGCUUUAAGCGGUCUUGUAGCAUUUAUAUCAUUUUUUAUUCUUCAACGGUGUGCUGGUCGAAUUAUUAAAUGUUCGCUUUAUAUGGGCGUAGCAAUUCAAAUUCUCAUUUGUGUGAUCCUAUUCAUUGUUGCUUGGCCAAUGGGUAUCAUCACGCUAAUAUUCGUGCUCCUCUCAAUUUGGUAUAUUUACCUCGUUCGAAACCGUGUUGCUUUUGCUGAAGCUCAUAUACAAGUGGGCUGUGCUGCACUACGCAGUCAUCCAUCUGUAUUGGGUGUUGCUAUUAUUAUGCUGAUCGUACAAUUCGUUUGGGUAUUUAUUUGGGGUUUAAUGGCAUUAGGUUUUGAAUAUUAUAUGAACGGUAAUCAGAAAUCAUCGUCAAAUGGUGUUCUAGGUGGUCUAGUUGCCAUUGUUCUCUUAACAUCUUUGUUUUGGGGAGCUUUAAUAUUUCGAAAUAUCACACAUUUUGUUACAGCAUGUGUUGUUGGUCAAUGGUGGUUUACAGCUGAUGCACAUCGACAAUAUGCUGUUGAAGCUAGCGUCCAACGUGCGUUUACAACAAAUUUCGGCACGAUUUCAUUUGGUUCUCUGAUAUUAGCAUUUAUUAAAGCACUACGUGUUGUCGCACAAGUCAAUGAAAGCAAUGCUCGUCGAGGUGGAAAUAUCGUUAUUCUACUUAUCAGUUGUGUUGCUGUGUGUGUACUUCGAAUAUUUGAAGGACUCGUACGAUAUCUCAACGAAUGGGCGUUUGUUUACGCAGCAUUAACUGGCCAAUCUUUUCGUGCUGCCAGUCAAAGUUUUCUUAAUCUAUUUCAACAACGAGGUUGGACGUUGAUUGUCAACGACGAUCUUGCUGGACAUGCUCUAACCAUCGUGACAAUCGCUAUCGGACUAAUAUCUGCAGCACUCGGUGGCAUCGGUGUUUACGCUGUCAUGCCAAGUUCACCCUCACGAACAGCUAUUGCCGGCAUGGCGGCAUUUUUCUGCUUUACCAUUGGUAUUACGAUGGGUACAAUUAUGUCGUCCAUUCUUAGUUCUGGUGUACGAACAGCAUUCGUCUGUUUUGCAAUCAAUCCUGCUGCACUUGGCGCAACACAUCCUGAACAUUUACAAAACUUAUUACUGGCUUGGUAUAAAUUCCACCCACAAGAGUUUGCGCAAAGCGGUUUUGCAAUGCAUCUUCCUAAGCCCGCCGCUUCUUCUAGUGAUAUUUAUCAGCAUGUAUAA